UGAAAUAUAAAAGAAAAGAUUCAGUUGAAAAUUUUUAAGACUAAAAAGAAUAAAAAUUGAUAAAAAAAAUUGGAAUUUAAAUUAAUACUUUACAGAGGGGACUAUUUCUGAGAAUUCCCCCAAAAUUUCACUGUUCAUUUUCUAAGUUUUUUUUUUCUCUCACAUGACGAGAGAUAUUACAAUACUCGUUAUUGACUACUAGUUGGAAUACUGCUUUUACGAGAAAAAUCAACAGAGGUGAAAAUAUUUAUUUAGUUUUUUCUUAAUUCGAAGCAUUUUUUUAUUAUUAUUAUAAAAAGGUUUCCCUUUGUUAAUUUCUUUUCAAAUUUAUAUAAUCCAUAGUUGGGCUUAAUACGGGCUAGGCUGUGAGCCCAGCCCAACGCCAAAAACAUCUACAAAGCUCCCCCUUUCAUUUUAAAACAAAAUUCCUUACCGUUAAAAACCGUUUCUCCUCCCUCUCUCUUUGAACCCUUUCUGGCUUUCACAAGGCUUUGAGGUCAGUCACGACCCAGGCCAUCUUCUUCUUCUUAAUUUUCCAGUUUUUCUUAUAUAUGCUUCAUUUCCAUUCAUUUAUAUUUAUCUGUUUGAAUCUUCUUUUAUUGUUAGUGUUAUAAAUAAUAAUCAAGUUCUUGCGCCUCUGAGCCCUGCAUUUUAUGGCGAAUAAGAAGGAUUUUAGGAACAAAACAUGCAGAAUUUUGGAAACAGGUUUGGAUAAUUAUUGAAAUUUCAUCCUAGUUAAUUAUCAUCUGUAAUAUAUAGUAAUGACUAUAUUGAUAGUUAUUUCUAUUGUUUUGUUACUGACUCUUUUCAACCAUUUUAUCUAUCCUUUCUCGUGCUUCCAUGAUUAAGCAAGCAGGAAAGGAGUUAUUUCCAGUGACAUAAUGUGGAUUUCUGAAAGGGAAAUAUAUGAUUUUGGACUUAUUUAGAAAUGGGGUCUGUCAUCAAUAUAGCUGCUAAUGGAAUUGGAGGUGUUCUUGGAAAUGCUUUGGCUGUUCCUAUCAAGACUAUUCUUGGCGCAUCAUGCUAGUAUCUUUGAUGCUCCUCUUCCUACUGUUCGAGGUGGGGAUUUGCCAAUGCAUAGGAAGAAUGAAGCCCUUGCGAGAUGUGUUGGGCUGCAUGUGAAACAUAUCAGUAUGCUUUAGAAGAUACCACCUGCUUCUUAUGGCACAGACUGCAGAGAACAAAGCGAGUAGAUAGAUGCCGAUUUGGAGACAUGGAAGAAGCUGACCAGUACACUUCAAGCUCCAAAAGUGAUUUUUCAUGUAAGUAUCCCCAUCUGUGUGUUGGUGGAAAGCAGGAAUCAAUAACGGGAAGAUAAGAAGAAUCCAGCCCUUCUAUCCUUAAAGCAAGCAUAGCAGUCACAAUUCCCAUAGCCACCGCCCAUGCUAGGUUGAAGACUAGCUGGGAAAGUCUCUGUUCAUUUAAAGGGUGCAUCAGGAAGACUAAGGAGUGCAAGACAGCUUCAAUCAGUUGGAUUGAGAAAUCAUCCAAGAGAUCUUGGAGUUUUCAAAAGAAUGGCAACUUAGGUGAUUGUAGAAGUGAAAUUCUGAAAGCUUUCAUGCCUUGAAUCGGUUUUAGUAUUUGAAUUUUUGAGUUCAAGAUAUGAAAGAAAAGCCUAUCACAUUAAAGAUACACAAACAUGGUUGUUUCAUAAUUUAUUGCAUGGAUUAGAAUUAUAACGAAGAAAAAUCUUCAAUUAAGCAGAAAAAAUCAAAACUUUUAUGCUAGAUUUUGAAUAAUUAAUUCAUGAAAUUAGAUGCUGGGAGCGAUGAUAUAUAUGAAUACCAUGGCAUGUACCCAAAGAUCCCCUUAAGUUGCCAUUUUGUAGCUGCAAAACAGAGCAAAAGCUUAUUAUUUCUAUUUAAGAAAAAAACAUUAUAAUUAUUUUAAAAGCAUUCAAUGCAAAUUGAAUUUCCAAAUCAUAUCAUUAAUUUUAAAAAGAAUUUUCCUGUUUUGAAUGCCAUUCAAGAUCCAUCCCGCUAGAAGAAGAAAAGGGAAAAUCUCAAGGUUGUCUCUCAUUCAUUUUCUCCUGGUACAUAGCUAUAUUCAACACACAGCCGUUACAAAAUCAUGAAAAUAGUUAAGAUUUAAUUUAAAUUAUCCCUUUUUUGAUUGCCUGUAGGUUGUCAAAAUAUUCAAUUGUAAUUAUUAAUUCCAAUUCUAAUAGCAAAGAUGGUUCUCAAUCUCUCUCUAUUUAUUUUCUUAAGACCUGAAAAACUCUAACAAUUGGCACAAAAAUGUUCUCGAAAAAUUGAAUCCAAUCAUGCUUGGACCUGAGCACAGAAAAUCUAGCUAAUGCUUCAAAGAAGUACUGACAUUCGAGUACUAAAAUGUAAGCUUUCAUUUUUGCUUUCUUGCAGUUAUAUUAGUGUUUUGAACCUACCAUUUUUCCAUAUAUAUAUAUGAACACAAUUAAUUAAUUAUUGCAUUUUCAAAUUUUAACAUUCAUUCCAAGCACUUUUGGAUAUUGUUUGCUAUAAGGUUUUGAUUUCUUAUGCUGUCUACUAAUUUACAGCAUGGUUUUCUAAUGGGGUUCGCAGCAGUCUGUACUUAAUACAAGAAGCCUGCGGGAAAUUUUUGUGCAUGAGAAGGUUAGUUCUCUCUUCUGUUUGUGCAUCCUAGAGUUAGAAAGACAGUAUUGUCCCAUGACUUUAUAUUUACUGUUUGAUUGUCUGAAAAUUCUACUAUGAUUUAUGUCCUUGACCAGCUUUCUUAGAUUAUUAAACACAAAAAAUCCAGCUUUAUUCAUAAAAGGUAUGCAAGGUGGAUGCAAGUGCCAUAGCAAGGGAAUUGUGCAGAUCAUCAGACUCUUAUGCUGGAAAAUUACAAAAUGAUUAAUGUGCUCAACUAUAUAUCAAAGUGCUAUAUAUCAUUAUAAUAUAGUCAUGUUUUUCAAAGAAGUUUUUCAUAAAUCAUUAAUGGGAUAUUGAAAGUAGCGGAGCCAAAGAGUAUAAUUUUCUAGAUGAACAUUAUCUAUUUGUCUGGCUUGUUUUUGUAUAACUAAUACUAUAUGCAUUAUCUUUCCAAGUUUGAAUACGAAAUCUGACAGUAUUUGCCUUUCUUAUGUCCACAGAUUUCUAGCAUUCAAAACUUUCACAGAGACCUGCUAUUUGCAUAUUCUUGGAGAUUAAUUUAACUUUGAAAGGUUUGUGCUCCUGGUACAAAAUGUCUAACAGGAAUAAAGAUUAUAGGCAGUGACUUUUUUUUUAAACUUUCUGUUAGUUCUUGUAGUUUGAGAAAAUGCCUCCAAAAGAGAAACCAAGGGUGGACUAUACCCUCAAGGCGACAUCACCUGAUAUUGGUGGAAGGAAAGCCACAGGCAGUGACAAGCUUACUCUAGUUGAACAAAGGCAGUUUAUUUAUGUCAGAAUUGUGAAAGCCAAUGGCUUGCCAAUGAACAACAUUUCUGGCACUUGUAACCCUUUUGUGGAGCUAAAGAUUGGAAACUACAAGGGAAUAACUAGAUGCUUUGAGCAGACCUCAAACCCAGAAUGGAACGAAGUCUAUGCUUUCACAAGAGAUCAGAUUCUGGGUGGGAGAUUAGAGAUCUUGGUAAGGGAUAAGGAAUCUGCGAUUAAUGAGAUUACUGGCCAUCUUUCCUUUGAUUUGGGCCAUAUUCCAACGCGGUUUCCACCAGAUAGUCCAUUGGCACCACAGUGGUAUAAGUUGGAGGAUCGCAAUGGGGUUAAGAUUGUAGGAGAGUUGAUGUUAGCUGUUUGGAUAGGGAAUCAAGCUGAUGAUGCAUUUCCGGUUGCUUGGCAUUCCGAUGCAGCUGCCGUUAGUGGCAAAAGCGUGACAAAAACUCGUUCUAAUGUAUACCUCUCCCCGGUACUGUGGUAUCUCAGAAUUCAAGUGAUUGCAGCACAAGAUUUGGCACCUGCAGACAGGAACAGGAAACCAGAAGCUUACGUCAAGGCUGUUCUUGGGAACUUGGUUUUGAGGACUAAAGUCUCGAAGGACACGAAUUUGAAUCCCACUUGGAACGAGGAGGUGAUGUUUGUUGCUGCAGAGCCAUUUGAUGAUCCUUUGGUUUUGAGCGUGGAGGACAAGAUGGGAGCUGAUAAAGAUGUAUGUUUAGGGAGGUCAGUGAUUCCUUUGCACCAAGUGGAGAAGAGGUUGCUUCCUCAACCUAUUGGUGAUCAGUGGAUUACUCUUCAGAAGCAUGUUGCGGAGGGUGAGAAGAAGACCGAAGUGAAGUUUGCUGGUAGGCUUCAUUUGAGGAUCUUUUUAGAUGGUGUAUAUCAUGUUUUUGAUGAGCCAACUUACUACUGCAGUGAUUUGAGGGCAACAUCUCCCAAGUUAUGGCCAGAGAAAAUUGGGGUAUUGGAGCUAGGCAUCCUAAAAGCCGAAGGGUUGCUACCAACGAAGUCCAAGGAUGGUCGUGGAACUACCGAUGCUUAUUGUGUAGCGAAAUACGGGCAAAAGUGGGUUAGAACUAGAACUAUAGUGGACAGUUUUGCUCCAAAGUGGAAUGAGCAAUACCACUGGGAUGUUUAUGAUCCGUACACAGUUGUUACUAUUGGAGUUUUUCAUAAUUAUCAUUUACAGGAAGGGGAUAAGAAUGGAGGGAAGAGGGAUCCAAGACUUGGCAAGGUAAGGAUUCGGUUGUCUACUCUCGAAACUGGUAGGAUUUACACACAUUCCUACCCACUUCUAGUCUUGCAACCUAAUGGAUUGAAGAAAAUGGGAGAGCUUCAUUUGGCUGUGAAAUUUAGCUGCAACAAUUGGAUUGACUUGUUUCAUACUUACUCACAACCUUUGCUUCCUAUGAUGCAUUACCUUAAGCCAUUAUCAGUCUAUCAGCUUGAUAGUUUAAGACACCAAGCUACUUAUACUCUCUCUUUGAGGCUUGGCCGUGCCGACCCACCUCUAAGCAGGGAGGUUGUGGAAUACAUGCUUGAUACAGGUGUAAACAGAUGGAGCUUGAGAAGAGGAAAGGCAAAUUGCGAGAGAGUCAUGGCAUGUUUGAGUGGUAUCCUUUUUAUUUGGAGGCAGUUUGAUCAGACACGCCAUUGGAAGAAUUCAGCAGUCACAAUCCUAAUUUACUCAUUGUUCGUUGCUAUGGUUAUGUCCCCAAAACUAAUAUUGCCUGCUUUCUUUCUGGCUUUUUUCGUGCUCGGGGUUUGGCGCUUUCCGAAGAGGCCGAGACAUCCUCCACAUAUGGAUACCAAAUUAUCUCAUGCUGAAACUGCACAGCAUGAUGAACUCGACGAAGAAUUCGAUACAUUUCCAACUUCCAAGCAAGGUGAAGCACUGAAAACAAGGUAUGAUAGAUUGAGAGGGAUUGCAGGGAGGUUGAUGAUAAUGAUAGGAGAUUUGGCAACUCAAUUGGAGAGGAUCCAUGCUCUUGUAAGCUGGAGGGAUCCGCGAGCUACUGCAAUGUUUUUGAUAUUCUGUCUGAUUGCUUGUAUUUUGGUUCAUAAAGUUCAGUUCAGGUACUUGGUUCUUGUCACAUGGACUUAUGCAAUGAGGCCUCCGAGACUUCGUGUUGGCAUUCCUUCUAUUCCUCAAAGUUUCCUCAGGAGAUUGCCUGCUAAAACAGACAGCAUGUUGUAAGGAAAACAUUGUUCUGAUAUGCUGUGAAAUGAUAGGCCAAUUUGAUUCUAAUAGUUCUUAAUGUUUAUCAAACUGGAA